AUGAAAACCCUUCACUUCGGCACGAUCUUUGCAUCACAGCUGAGGCGUGAUGACCAUAGCCGCUUGUGUCCGUAUAUGACAGCCCAAAAACCUACCUUGAAGAGGUUUGCGGUUAGCAACAACGAAACAAGCUAUACGGGAUUCAUUAAUAUGGGAACAGAAGCUGACGAUUACAGAAAAAAAGUUCACGAUUCCAUCAGAUUACUGAUAGAAGGUGAAUCAGUAAGACAUAAUCAAUCCGAGCAAUCUAAUGUCACAAUUUUUAUGGUACCCGAUACACUUCGAAAUCUCAACCCAACUGCCUAUACACCUAGAAAAGCUUCAAUUGGUCCUCUUCACAAAGAGGACCAACAUCUUAAAGCUAUGGAGGAGCACAAAGUGACUUACAUGUAUCGAUUAUUUUGUCGAACUGUGGAAUCCACGAAGAAGGAUAUAGAGCAAAUAACUUAUGACUGCGUACAAGAAGUGCUUCGCAAUCUAACACAUGCAAGAGCUUGCUAUGCACCAAGUCUUACAAACUAUGAAGAUUUCAAGCUGGCUAAAAUGAUGGUUAUUGAUGGUUGUUUCAUACUUGAGCUUCUCUACAGGUUCAAGUAUGGAAUUGGAGAGGGUGAUCCAAUUUUCGACAAUAUUCUGGUGAUGCGUGACAUUCAACACGAUUUGCUGCUUCUAGAAAAUCAAAUGCCUUUCUUUAUUCUUGAAAUAUUGUGUAGGAUCACUUUGGAGCGGACUUCGUUAACUGGCCUUGUGUUUUAUUUCUUCAAGGAUAUGAAUAUUUUAAGUACUCGUAAACUUACCACAGUUGACGAAACAGUAAAACAUUGUCAUAUCCUCGGGCUUCUCCAAAGCUGCUACACUCCCAGAGCUACCAUGCGAGGCCGAGUCCCAAAUAUCUCUUACUCUGCUACUGAAAUCGCUGGUGCAGGAGUCACAUUCAAGGCACAAACGGAUGAAGAUUCUCUGCUUGCAGUGAAAUUUGAACAAUCGUCUCUUGUUCCCGGGUUGAGUACUCUAUUUGCUCGAGAAACCUAUUUCAAAAUUCCAGUGUUGUACAUCAAGGACUCCACCUCGUCGUUCUUGAGGAAUCUCAUUGCCUAUGAGCAGUGCUACCCAUUAAGUCGUCAUUAUGUUACCUCUUUUGCCUUUCUCAUGGACAAGCUCAUUGACAGUAAAGAUGAUGUUUCGUUGCUUGUGAGGUCACAAGUCCUUCACCAUAAUCUGGGAGCCAUUGAAGAUGUCACAAAUCUCUUCAACAAUAUUUGCAAUGGUGUUGUCCUUCGGGAUUUUUAUUACACUGAGGAAUGGAAACGAUUGGAUGAAUAUUGCAAUCGUUGCUGGCCUAGCAUUCUAAUUGCACUGAGACGCCUUUAUAGAAGUACUACCUGGAAAACGUUGACAGUCAUUGCGGCUAUGAUCCUAUUGACUAAAGGAUACUUUUGGUCAUUUUAA